CUAAAUUAUCAAAAAGAUAAAGAUAAAUUGGUAAAAUGAUAAUAGUUAUAACCGGUAAACGGGCAACCACAACUUAAGAGUUGAAAUUAGCAUUGUUAGUUCUUUUAAGGGGCUUUUGUAAUUUGGGUUGCGUGCCUAUAAGAAAACGUUCUUCUCUUUAAAAUAAAAAUGGAAAUCUCAGACGAAAAUCUCCAAACCCUCGCGCGUUACUUGCAAGAAACCCUUAGUGCAGAUGUCAAUGUGCGUAGACCAGCAGAAACUUUUCUCGAAGGAGUAGAAGUAAAUCAAAAUUAUCCCCUUUUGCUCUUAAACCUAGUACACAAACAAAACUGGGACAUGACGGUGAGAAUAGCAGGAUCUGUUGCUUUUAAAAAUUACAUUAAACGUAAUUGGACUAUUGAAGAUGAUCAGCCUGAUAGAAUACAUGCCACAGACAGGGCUGCUAUAAAGAAUUUAAUUGUUACACUUAUGUUAACUUCGCCAGAAUCUAUUCAAAAACAGCUCAGCGAUGCUAUAAGUAUAAUUGGGAAAACUGAUUUUCCAACUAAGUGGCCGGAACUUAUAACACAAAUGGUCGAGAAGUUUGCCACCGGAGAUUUUAAUGUCAUAAAUGGCAUAUUAAGAACAGGGCACAGCUUAUUUAAAAAAUAUCGCUACGAGUUUAAAUCUAAUGAACUCUGGUCAGAAAUUAAAUACGUCUUGGAAAAACUAGCUCAACCGCUAACAGACUUGUUUGUAGCUACAGUUAAUCUUACACAAACCCAUGAGAAUGAUACGGUAGCUUUACAAACGAUCUUUAGCUCAUUGGUUCUAAUUUGUAAGGUUUUCUACUCCUUAAACUUUCAAGAUUUACCAGAGUUUUUUGAGGACAACAUGCAAGUGUGGAUGGAGAAUUUUCAUAUAUUGCUCAUAACAGACCCAAAAACAUUACAAUCGGAUAGUGAAGAACCUGGUAUUGUUGAACGACUAAAAACGCAAAUAUGUGACAACAUUGCUCUCUACGCCCAAAAAUAUGAUGAAGAAUUUCGUCAGUAUUUGCCACAGUUCGUUACUGAUGUAUGGAACCUCCUGAUCGGCAUUAGCUUAGAACCAAAAUAUGAUUUGCUAGUUUCAAAUGCCUUGGGCUUUUUGUCUACUGUGGCUGAGAGAAACCACUACAGGAAUCUCUUUGAAGACAACCGGGUUCUAAGUAGCAUUUGUGAAAAAGUUGUCAUUCCCAAUAUGGAGUUCAGAGAGUCAGAUCAGGAGCUUUUUGAGGAUAAUCCUGAAGAAUUCACCAGGAGAGAUAUAGAGGGAUCAGAUGUUGACACAAGAAGAAGAGCUGCAUGUGAUUUAGUAAAUACCCUUAGCACACAUUUCGAAUCGAAGAUUAUGGAAAUAUUUGGACAGUACUUGCAAGUAAUGCUUGCCAAAUAUGCCGAAAAUCCGAAGAGUAAUUGGAGAAAUAAAGAUGCUGCUUUGUAUCUGGUAAUUUCAUUGGUUAGUAGAGGAGCUACGCAAAAACAUGGAGUUACUCAAACAAGUCAGUUGGUCGACAUAGCACAGUUUUUCCAGCAACAAAUCUUACAAGAACUUGAGAGACCCGAUGUUAAUGAACUGCCCGUAUUAAAAGCUGAUGCAAUAAAGUAUAUCAUGACAUUCAGGUCUGUUCUACCAUCCUCUUUAGUGGCUCAAACUUUGCCUCAGUUAAUCAGACACCUGAGCAGUGAAAGUGCGGUGGUACAUACAUAUGCUGCCUGCUGUAUUGAAAAACUUUUAAUCAUGAAAGAUAGCAAUAAUCAUGGUAUAAUUUCUGGCCCUCAAAUGCAGCCUUUCGCAGCAGAUUUGAUCUCACAGUUGUUCAGUGUUCUCGACAGGCCGGUGUCUGAAGAAAAUGAAUACGUAAUGAAAGCUCUUAUGAGAAGUUUUUCAACUCUGCAAGAUCUUGUCAUACCAUUUUUGGGAGUUUCUUUGCCUAAAUUAACUGAAAAACUACAAGUGGUAGCCAAAAAUCCAUCAAAACCUCAUUUCAAUCACUAUCUUUUUGAAACUAUCUCUUUGUCGAUCAGGAUUGUGUGCAAAGCGAACCCAGCGGCCGUUAAGUCUUUUGAAGACAUCUUAUUUCCUAUCUUCCAGGCCAUUCUGAUGCAAGAUAUUCAGGAGUUUAUCCCUUAUAUAUUCCAAAUUCUCUCCUUACUAAUGGAAUUUACUCCAAGAGGAAAUGUUACUGAACCAUAUAUGCAAUUGCUGCCAUGUCUUCUAGCGCCAAUUCUAUGGGAUCGACCAGCAAAUAUUAGCCCUUUGGUAAGGCUUUUAAGAGCUUUUGUCGCUCAAGCUGGUCUUCAGAUUAUCGCCCAAGAUAAAUUGCCCGGAUUUCUUGGAGUAUUUCAAAAGCUCAUUGCAUCAAAGUCAAAUGAUCAUGAAGGAUUUUAUUUGUUACAGAGUCUAAUUCAAAAUAUUCCCAAAGAUACUUUGUCUCCGUAUUUUAAGCAGAUAUUCAUUUUGUUGUUCCAAAGACUAUCAUCCAGUAAGACCACCAAAUUUGUAGUCAAUUUCAUUGUCCUUCUAUGUUUUUUUAUGGUUAAGUAUUCCCCUUUUGAAUUAAUUGAACUUAUUGAUGAAAUCCAACCACUAAUGUUUGGCAUGGUAUUAGAAAAAUUGCUUACAGCUGAACUUCAAAAAGUUACUGGAUCUAUUGAACGUAAAAUCGUGGCUUGUGGUAUAAGUAAACUUUUAUGUGAAAUGACUGAUGGAAUUUAUGGAAAAUACUGGCCAAAACAGCUGGAAGCUUUAUUGGUUUAUUUUGAAAUGCCCCCGGAUCAGAGCACCUUGCCAGAUGAUCAUUUUAUAGAAAUAGACGAUACUCCUUCCUACCAAACUUCAAACGCAAAACUAAAUUUUGCAAAUAAUAGUAAAGAAGACCCGCUUGCGGGGCUUGGAGAACCUAGGCAGUUCAUGAUAGAAAGUUUGGCAACUGUGGGUAGAAGCUAUCCUGGAAAAGUGCCUACCUUAAUCAGUAAUACUUCUAGAGAAUCUCAGGAAAUCUUGCAGAAUUAUUUGGUCAAAUUUGGAGUGCAGUUAGUUUAGUUGUAUUGUUAGGUUUUCCUAAUUUCUUAUCGUGUUAUUUAAUUUUUAUUAUAAUUUUUGGUAAUAAAAUAUUAUAAUUUGUAUGUAUUUCAAAUAAAGUUUUUGAUUUUUUAAGGUA